CUCACUCUCCCUUAUGUAUGUUGAUCAAGUCCUCUCUCCUUCCUGUUUUUCACAAGUUCCUGCCUUUUUACUGACGCUAGUAUCGCAGACGGGAAAACUCCCAGGGAUCCCUCGUUUGGGAAUCCUAACUUGGAGGUCUGCACUUAGGAAAGCCGAGAAGAGAGCUUCUACAUCUCCCUACACUUGAUUGUUGUGUAUACAGAGCUGACAAUGCUUUGGAGCUUAUCCCCUAGUUGUAGCUGAUGUUUUGGGGGUUGGAAAUUUGGUUUUGAAGGAGGUGAAAGCAGGAGGUGGGGGAUGAGGAGGAAACCCCUUUCACACACCGAGAACACCCAGUCGAGAGCUUCCUCUUGUCCUUGGGGAUCUUCACAAUUUUCUCCCAGUGGAUCCAAAGAGGACAAACAUUUCCAUGAUUCCAAAAACUGCUGAAACGCUAGUGAUCACUCGAGGUUUGAUUUGGAUAUGGAAGCACUGAGGGAAUCUGUUCUUCAUUUGACGUUUCAGAUGUCUACUUACAAACGGGCCACUUUGGAUGAAGAGGAGCUGUUGGACACCGGCUCUGAUGGGAUCUACCACCCCUCUUCCAUGCAGGUGGGACUGCAGCGAGGUCUGGGUCCCCGGUGCUGGGUGGAGAAGACUCAAGCCGAGAGAAAGCUAGUGUUCAUAGUGUGUGCUCUGUCCUUGGCCCUCUUCAUCUGCAUUGUGACGUUGGGUAUGCGCUAUAAAGAAUCUCACCCAGGAAUGUGCCUGUCAGAGCCAUGUGUAAGUGUGGCAAGUGCAGUCAUGGGUGCCCUCGAUCGAUCGGUAGACCCUUGCCAGGAUUUCUACAACUUUGCAUGUGGUGGUUGGAUAAGGAAAAACCCGUUGCCAGAGGGCAAGUCCCGCUGGGGUCCCUUCAGCAACCUGUGGGAGCACAACAUGGCAGUAAUGAAGAACUUACUGGAGAACACCAGUAUGAAGAGCCUGAGCAAAGCAGAGCAAAAAGCCCAGUGGUAUUACCAAGCCUGUAUGAACGAGACCGGAAUUGAAGCUCUUGGAGCGAAACCUCUACAAGAUCUCAUUAAUCAGACAGGAGGUUGGGGUUUGAACGGCCCAUGGGAGAAGGAUAACUUCCAAGAGGUUUUACGGACUGUUUCGGCCAACUACCACACCUCCCCUUUCUUCACUGUUUUUGUGAGCACAGACUCGAAAAGUUCCAACAGCAACAUCAUCCAGGUGGAUCAGUCCGGGUUGGGACUUCCAUCUAGGGAAUACUAUCUCAAUAAGACAGCCAAUGAAAAGUAUUUAAAUGCAUAUCUGAACUUCUUGGUGGAGCUCGGGGUCCUUUUGGGUGGCUCAAAGAACACCUCUCAGAAGAUGAUGCUGGAGAUUUUAGACUUUGAAACGGCCAUGGCAAACAUCACAGUCCCUCAAGAGGAGAGACGAGAUGAGGAGCAAAUUUACCACAAGAUCCAGGCCAAAGAGUUAGCAACUUUGGCUCCUGCAGUAGAUUGGAUGCCUUUCCUCUCUGCAGUGUUUGCACCCGUUGCCCUGAAUUAUUCAGAACCUGUGGUCGUGUACGCUAAAGAAUACCUACAGAAAGUCUCGGAGCUCAUCAGCAACACCAACAAGAGCAUCUUGAAUAACUACAUGAUCAUGAAAGUGGUGAGGAAAAUGGUGUCCAUCCUUGACCAGAGGUUCCAAGAUGCAGAGCAGCGCUUCUUUGAAGUCAUGUACGGCACCAAGAAGAGCUGUACGCCACGCUGGAAACUUUGCGUGAGCGACACAGACAGUGCUCUGGGCUUUGCCCUCGGGGCGCUCUUUGUCAAAGCUACCUUUUCCGAGGACAGCAAGGCUUUUGUUGAAGAUAUGGUCUCCGAGAUCAAAUGGGCCUUUGAAGACAGCCUGAGGACCGUUGGCUGGAUGGAUCCUGAGACUAAAAAGGCAGCCAAAGAAAAAGCAGAUGGAAUAUACAACAUGAUUGGAUAUCCAAAGUUCAUUAUGAACCCCAAAGAGCUGGACAAGGUUUUUAAUGACUUUGAUGUUGUUUCAGAUCUUUACUUUCAAAACGUCAUGAAUUAUUACAACUUCUCUGCUCGAGUGACUGCAGACCAGCUGAGAAAGGCACCCAACAGAGAUCAAUGGAGUAUGACCCCACCUACAGUUAAUGCCUACUACAACCCUACAAAGAAUGAGAUGGUACUUCCAGCUGGUAUACUUCAGGCUCCCUUUUAUAGCCAUGCUUGGCCAAAAGCUAUGAAUUUUGGUGGCAUUGGUGUGGUUAUGGGUCAUGAGCUCACCCAUGCCUUUGACGACCAAGGAAGAGAGUAUGAUAAGGAUGGUAAUUUGCGUUCAUGGUGGAAAAAUUCUUCGGUGGAAGCUUUUAAACAUCAGACACAGUGCAUGGUGGAGCAGUACAGCAACUACAGUAUCAAUAAAGAACCUCUCAAUGGGAGACACACUUUGGGAGAAAAUAUUGCAGACAACGGGGGCUUAAGAGCAGCUUAUAAGGCCUAUGUCAACUGGAUCAAGAAGAAUGGUGAGGAAGCCACUCUGCCUGCUCUUGGCAUGACUAACCAUCAGCUGUUUUUUGUGGGAUUUGCUCAGGUGUGGUGUUCAGUUCGGACACCUGAAAGCUCACACGAGGGCGUUAUCACUGACCCGCACAGUCCGUCACGUUUCAGGGUCAUUGGCACCAUCUCCAACUCUCAUGAGUUCUCGAAGCACUUUGGCUGCAAGGCAAACUCACCUAUGAAUGCCAAACGAAAGUGUGAGCUGUGGUGACAGUGACUGGAAUGAGCAUGUCUGCUCUGCAAGAUGGUGAAGUUUUGUUUUCACCACAAAUAUGUUAAACGACCAUCUCAGCUUGCCUUGUCUUUUGCUGUAUGUGCCAAAAUGCUGGUGGACUUAUAAUGGACUGCAUGUUUUCCAGCAGUUAUUUGCGUCUGAAUGGCGAGUUGGUGUAAGUAAAGGCGCCAUGGAACUCUUUAAAAUGGAGUUUAAUCUUAUCAAAACACUGGAAAUAAAGUUAGUGGUUAACUGUAAUGGGAGAAUGAAUUGCAAGUCAAUUUUUGUUUUUUGAAUGAAUGCCUUUUUUAAUAAAUGCUUUUAUUUUUCUAAUGGGAAAUAUUUAUGUACUCUGUUACAUUGUUGGUGCUCUUUUCAUUUUUCUUUUUCGCCAACUAUUGUGCAACGUGUUUUGGAACAUUGUCAAAUAAAUUUGCACACAUUCUUGAUACAUGGUUACUUUUCUCAUUUUUAUAAAAUGCUCCCUUCACAUCUGAUAACCAGUGCAGACUGGUCUGUCUGUUAAGAUCAUUUAUCUCACAAUGUAAUUUAAAUGAUGUUAAAUGAAUGAGCACUGUGUAUAAUGUGAGCAGUAUGCAAAGUGUUCUUUUGGAAUUAUUGCUGGACCACUAUAAAAAAAAUAAAAUAAAGUGACAUAUUGAAUUUUUAAUGGAAGAAGAAUGGAAAUUGCAGCUUUGCUAAUCUGAAUUGCUGUAUGUUUACUUUUUGUUUGUUUGUUUUUUUUUCUCUACAAUUCUUUUUCUAGAGGCUUGAGGGGUAAAAGUUUUCUGCUGCCCUUCAAAAAUGUACUGAAACUUUCUUUUGAUAUAGUCAAGGUUUAUGGUAAUGAGCACCCACAAUCCUGGCAUUAUUAUUUUUUUUUAGUCCUGGAAAUUUUAGAUGUUUCUAUACCUCUGAGUGUGUUGAAAAGUGCCAGCCUACUUGACAACUUUGUAGAGUGCAAAGUGUUUUAUUUUAAUACACUUAUUAAAAGUCUUAUUGUACAGCA